UUCCAAUUUCAUAUGCACAAUCAACAAUCGCGAAUAAAUGCCUCAAAAAUUCUCGGCAAUUAAUAAAAAUACUGACAUCAACACACAUAAAUGUCACAGAUAAUUUUUCACACUAUCUAUCACUCAAAUUUUCACUGUCCACCUCCAAAAAAAAUGCAAAAUGUCUAAUAAAAGAAACAACGAUAAAUUUCACGAAAAAUCUGAAACUUCAUUCCCCACUUCAUCCAGAUGUCGCCAUAAAAUGGAGUAGUGUAAAAAAAAAUGGCGGCGGUGUAGUCCCUUUGGUUCCCGGACCCUCCACAAAAUCUGAAAAUCGAAAAAUCCCCCGAAAAAAGAUAAAAAUCAUACGACUAGAUUUUACAUCAUUCGAAAUUAUAAAUUACAAAUGAAAUAAUAGAGACCAAUAAAAACCCGACGAAUCCAUUGCAAUCCGGAUAUAACUGAUCAACUCCCUGUGAUUAUCCUCCCCCAUAAAUAGUGAUAAACCCCAGGGAGCGAUCACUAAUAAAAAAAAAAGUGUAUUUGAACUAAAAAAUGAAUUGGGAACUGAUAUCCGAAGUGAAUGAUCAGCUGAGUGAGACCGAGCUCCGUUAUUACAACGACAUAUACGUCUACUGUUGUGACAGUUCUGAUCCAGAGAAUGUUCCAGUGUUGACAGCUGCUGAACUCUAUCGUUCCGCAAAUUUGCCACGUGAAGUAACAUUGAAAAUCCUAGAAAUAUGUUCAGGUCCAAAGUCAAAUAUUCAUAUGGGACGUAAGCAGUUUUACUGUUCCUUGAAAUUAGUGGCAGCUCAUCAAUCAGGUAUCGACAUAAAUAGAGACCUAACGACAGACACGUUGAGCAUGAUAAUGGCAUUGCCUAGAUUUUCAUGGCCAACAUCAGGUGACGAGGAUUCAAAGAGUCAGAAAAUAAUGUCAAGAUUACCUGAGAGUACAACUGAGAGUGAGAGUGAUGCUGAGUCCCCAAGAGAGACUGGAGGUAGUACAGAUUCACCAACUCCAACGAACAGUGUCACCCAGGAAAGAAUCGAUGGACUAUUGGGCUCAGAGACUAUUUUGGAUUCAGCAUCGGGUAGUUGGCAGGGUCUCUUGGUAUCUGAGGAGCAGAGACAGCUCUUGGGUACUGAGGAGGAGAGCUCAGAGAGACACAGCAGUGAUGAUGAUGGCGCGAGUUUUCCACCUGAUGAAGUUUGGGUGAUAAGCGACGAGCAGAGGGAAUAUUAUGCAGCUCAAUUUGGCAGAUUACAGCCUGAUCCUGAUGGCCUGCUGGCUGGACCAGUUGCCAGGACAUUUUUUGAAAAAUCGAGACUACCAGUGGCCGAGUUGAGACGCAUUUGGCAGCUUGCCGAUGUCACCAGAGAUGGUGCAUUGUCAUUACCUGAAUUUUAUGUGGCUAUGCAUCUUGUUGUAUUGAGGAGAAAUCAUGUUCCACUUCCUGAUGUUUUACCAGUGAGUUUAGCUAUUUCGUUGGGUGCUGUAGGGGCUAGUGUUGGAGCGCCACCACCGCCACCACCACCACCACCUCCACCAACUCCACCAGAAAGUGUCAAGACUGAGGGUGAUGUUGUUGCUGGCAUUCAGACUGGAGAGAAGAGUAAAGAGUGGACCAAAUUUGUAGACUCACCCACUGGGAGUGGAUCUCUCACUAGUCCUGGGCCUAAACCUGUUAAUUUUGAUUUUCAAAAAAGUGCAGUGGAGAGGGAUCCCAAGAUUUUACAUCCUGUGCCAUUGAGACUGACACCUGAGGCAGCGAUUUUGGCGUCUGGAGCUAAUGGGAGCAAUGGCGGAGUCAUUGGGGAUGAGGAUGUGCUGGGGGUUGGAUUGGUGCAGAGGGUUGCAGGAAAAAAAAUAGAGGAGGGAAUCGUUGUGACACCCAAAAAGGAUCCACCACCACCACCACCACCUAGGCCCUACCGGACGCACACCAGGAGUUCUAGUCUUGAUCUUAAUAAAUUAGGUAAAAAUGGACAGAAUUUUCUGGGAGCACCGCCAUCAGUUCCGCCGAGAGUUUCACCGGGAUCUAGCUCACCAAGGAAACUAGUUGGCCAAAAAAGCGAAUGUGACAAUCACAGGACGGUCAGCGAGAGUCAAGGAUUCGUCGCUGAUUUUUCACACUUCUCACCAAAAGGUGAUGACAAUACUGGUAACGUGGAAAGUGGGACUACAUCCCAGAGUCAACAGUUUGCUGGACACUGCGGUGCAUUUCAUAUCUAUAGGAAGCCUAGUCCAAAACGUGGUGAAGGAGAAGAUGAGACUGGAAAAGAUGAUACUGAUAGCAGCAAACAAUUAACCCUCGAAGAACUGCGUGAAAAAAAUGCAGAAUUACGUUCAGUUUGUGAAGAAUUGACUCGUGAAUUAGCUAGUGCACUUCAAGAGAGAAUUAAUCUACGUGCAAAACUACUUCUCAUAACCUGAUCAACAUUUAUACACCCAUGUAUUCAUCACAGUGCUCGUUCCCUAUCCUCCUAAUUUCGUUCUUUUCUCUACUCCCGAUUUUCCCUUUCGGAAAUUUCAAAAUAUAAUCAAUUAUUGUAUUCUUUUUUUUUAUUUAUUUACACAUGAAGGAGGGAUUUUUCCUCCAGUUAUUAUUUUGACACUAGAAUUUUCUGGAUAAUCCACUGUUCUGCCAACUCACGUUCCGAUUGAAGACUAAUAUAUCAGAUUAAUGAAGGAAGAAAUAAAGCCUACGAAAUGUAUAUUGGAAUUAUAUCAACUAAUGGCUGUGUUUAACAUCUAAACAUUCUUUAGAAUGAAUUAUUUUUUGAUAAGUGCAGUUUUUAUUGGUUUCAAUCUCGCUAAUAAAAAAUUGAUGCAAUUUAUGAAUCCAUACUAUUAUUUCAAUAUCGUCUUCAAUAGUCCAUUAAAAAUCAUGUGAUAAUGAUGGAAUAUUCUUUCUAAGAUAUGUUUGGAUUGACCACAGCCCAGUCUCGAUUUUUUGGCUCAACAAAUUAGGGAAAACUGUAAUUGAGCCAAAGGGCAAAAAUGUAUUUUCGUAAUUCUUAUUACCAGUGUAUAAUACCAAUCAAAAGCAAAACUUAUUUAUUCGUUGUAACACUGACAAAAAAAAGUAACAAGUUUGAUGAAAGAAAAUAAUUUACAAAGCAAAAGUAUUGAUAUUUGCUGUGUUAUCGAACAAUGAGAAUGAAAUAAUUAUUUAAUUAUCGCAUUCUUUUAACUGUUCAAAUGCGACUGGAAUAUAUGUAUAUAACUAUUAGAGAUGGAAAGAAAAAGAUAUUAGGGAUGAAAAUAUGUUCGGGAGUGAAGGAAUUUGCUUUCUGUAUGGCAAUGAUCAGCCAAUGAAUAAAUAAUGAAUAAACAGCUUUCUCUACAUAGACAAGUAGAUAAAAAAAACCUGAAUUGAAUUGAACAGUUAUCUACAAUUGAAAGAAUUUUUUGUGAUAAAAAUGAGAGGAGAAAUAAAUAUAACAAGAAUAAAACCAUGAUUACACCGA